GUGUAAUAGUUACACAACCUGCACACUUAUAAAACCAAUCCCACGGGUGUAAACUAACAUUUGUGUUCUUCAGUCCUCAGGGUAUAUUCACUUCCUUCUCUCUGUCACGCUUGCUUUCAGACUUUAGGAUUGUUUCCAGCUGUAGAUAACAAGAAGCAGAAUAUUCUGUUCAUUUCAACUGCUCACAAUGGGAGAUCACAGCGUUCCCCGUUUAGCACUCAUAGUCCUUUCUGUUGUCAUGUUCAUCAUCUGCAUCAUAUUCAAUGCACUUGCUGGACCAGGAAAAGGUCCUUUUCAGAACACCACUAGCGCUAUAUCCAAUAACUACAAUACCGAAAUCACUCCCUCGGGAUGGACCUUCUCAAUCUGGGGUGUCAUCUACACCUGGCUGUCCCUCAUGUUUGUUUACAUCGUCUCCACUACCUGCAGGAGGACUACUUAUGGUCCAAUGUACUGCAGUCCUGCUGUGUUGCCAUAUGGAUUCUUCAUCACAUGGAUUGCAAACAUGCUGCUGAAUAUAGGCUGGCUCCUUCUGUGGGACAGAGAGGAGAUGAUUGCUGCACUGAUUUUCCUUGCCUUGAUUGCCUUCACAAACUACGUGGUGAUCAUCUUCACCUGUCAUGCCCUCAAACAAUAUGGAGCCUGGUUAAAGAAAUAUCACAAAGUAGACCUCUGGUGCAUUCGGAUAUUGGUUCAGAAUGGCAUUGCAACAUACACAACAUGGACAACUAUCGCCACUUUGAUCAACUUCACUGUUGUGCUGAGAUAUGAUGCUGGAAUGACCCAAUCAGAUGCAGCAACUGUCUCUCUCUCUAUUCUUUUGGGUGUAGCUAUUUCUUGGUUUAUUCUUGAGAACUUUGUGUUUGAAAAGCACCUGAGAUACAUUCUGACAGUCUACCCUGUUGUCAUUGUGGCUUUGAGCGGAAACAUGACAAAGAACUUUAACUCCGCGGAUCCAAGUCGUAAUGGCAUUUACAUAGCUGUGUUACUGGGGUUGGCUUGUACGCUAUUUGCGAUCAAAGUCUUGCUGGUUAUAUGGAGGCAUAUUAAACAUCCUCUCUACAUGAAUACAGACGAGGUCAUGUCACCGAUGGAAAUCGCUGAAAAGCAAAAGAAGGUCUUCGCUUAAACGGAACUGUUCUUAUAAUUGAAUUUUAUAUUUGUAAUCAUACUAUAAUAUGCUUUUUUAUUAAUGGUAUUUUUUUUUUUUUAAUUGUUCAAAUGUGUACAUUGUUUAUAUGUACUUUUGAUAAAUAUUAAAAAAUAAUAUAAGAAAGCUUGUGUAACUGAGUUACACAAAAUGAAUUGCUCUUAUCAGGGCAGGGGGCGUCCUAGCUGAAUAUCUGUACAAUGACCAUGAUCUGUGCACUGUUAUGUACAUUUUUCUGCAGCAAUAAAAUCAUAAAAGUCACCUGAGAAUCAUAGUAAAGUUUUAGAGGGGAGGUCAAGAGGCUGAUGGCUUGAUCCCAACUAUAGGUUGACUGAAGAUGAGUUAUUAUGAGCACAGUACUGUAUUAUCAAAUGAAGGAGUUGUGUAUUGCUCUGUGUAAAAACAGUUUGCAUUGUAUUGUCUAAUAACUCAAGUGGUUACAGGUGACAUCUGUAUAAAAAUAUUGCUAUUGUUGAUGAAUAAAAAAAAUUAUAGAAAAA